AUGGCCACGUUGUACUCAUAUUACCUGCCGUACUACCCGUACGCUGACUUCUAUGACCUAGUCGAUUCGUGGAUUGACGUCUCGUCGCAACCCUCGUCUUCGUCUCUCUCAUCCAUCGGCGACGAGAUCGUUACAACAGGUCUACGUGUGCAGGACGAUCCGCGGAUGAAAAGACGUCGAGCUUUACGUCCCGGUGCGCCUACACAUCUACACAUCACCCGGACACCAAGCACGGGCACCGUGAGCAGUGCAGAGGAAUACGAAGAAAGCAGCAGCGAGUCGGACCAGGUCAUGAUGUCGUCUGGCGAAGGCAACGCCCUCUUGCAAGGCCAAGUAGAAUCAAACAUUCCCACGCAAUCCGCCUCUUCCGAAGAUGACGAUGACGAGAACAAGACGGCCAUCAACUAUCCCCAUUCACACGCUGGCACUACCACGAGUUUCACGCCACUGCCCAACGCUUUCUCUCACCCUCCAGCUAAGACUCCCCGGUUGUCAAGUCAUCCCACCCCUGGCUCUUACUUUCCACCCUCAAGACCCGGCCUGACAUCCCGGCGAUCCUCCGCUCGGUACUCCCUUCCCAACACUUCAACAGGCCGCCGAGCCAGCUGCGCAGCGCAGAAUCCCCUUUCUCCUUCUAUCAAUACCGCGGCCGAGCACGAAGAGAUUCUCCGUGCAAGUCUCACCUCUCUUCUAUCCGUAGCCGCUGCUGCCCGCAGCUUACCCAAAGGCGCAUCACAAAGAGGAAGUAGUGGACCUCGUGUGAAUCCUCCCAUGUCUUUCAAACUUGUUCCGGAAUCGGCRCUUCCCACCACAACAACAAACACGCAGCAACUGCAACAAGAUGAGCCAAUGUUCAAGCCCACCCUGCGUCGAACGUCAACAAGUUGCUCCGGUUCAUCAAACGUCCCUUCCGAACACAAGCGCAGAGCACCACAGGUAGCGCCCGUAAUAAUCGCUCCGCGGACCCGAAGCAGUAGUGGUAAUGGUCGCGACAGGAAGAAAGCUCGUCUCCGUCGAUCCUCAUCCACCUCUUCAGAAGAUCUACUGUAUUCACAAGUCACACCCACGUUGUUCACAUGGGUCGCUACGGCCGGUGUGGUGGUUGUUCUUUCGGCUCUGAGUUUCGGCGCUGGAUACACCGUGGGCAAAGAAGCGGGCAGAUUCGAGGGCCAAUUUGGAGGGGAUGUGGAGCAGGUGAGGAGUUGUGCUAGAGAGGCGGGACGGAGUGGCUUGGGACUGCGAAGGAGUUUGGCGAGGAGUGCGGUUGGCGUUGUCUGA